ACGAACAGACACGGACACGGACGAUAUUGCGGCCGGUGACGUCAGCGUCCAUAACACAACAAUCAACAACACGGAUGAUAUUGCACCUCCCGCACGGAUAAGAUACGGACGGAACAUUAAUCGGCUCAUAUCCUGUGGUUUACGAUAGCUAAGCUAAGCUAACAGUUAGCGGGACCGUGCUCUCUGACAUUAACCGAAAGGAAACAAAGUAACUGGAACUAUGAACUGAUUUAUGACCGUAUUUUAAACCUCGUGACAAGGCACAACUACAAAGCAUAAUCAUGUUCAGUUUCCUUGGACUCCGUAAGGACUCAAAGAAGUCAACAUCCGACAAAGAAAUAGAUGGAGGCUUUGUCAUCAUUGGUGAGACGGUUGAAGAACAGAGGAGGAAGAUACAGACCAUGAACCUCACACAACCAUCAACAAACGUCAUAGUGCAGCCAUCAAGGCCCUCCUGUAAGGCUCCAGCCCCUCCCACUGACAUAAAGUACCCUGUAGCUUUCCCCACAGCAGCGCCAACAGCAGGGACCUGCUCAGGGUCCUCAUCAGUGGAAGCUGCUUCUACUCUCCCAGAUCUGCUCGGAGACGUCCCCUUCACUUUGGCUCCCCACGUCCUGGCCAUGCAGACGGGGCUCCCUCUGAUUCCUGACGUGCUGCUGUCCCGGGACAUAAACUACAACCUAGCUAAUUUUCAGUAUGACUUCACUUUAGAGAACUCUGUGCUCCAUAAUGCCUAAUCUGUUACAAUUUUGUUAUUAGUCCACUCUGUGGGGAACUUGGCUGAUUGUUGGUCAUGUGAGAGGCUCCAGCUCUACAGUGUAGUAGCAUAAUGAACAAGUAGCUGACACAAUUGCAUUGCACAUAAAAUAAGCUGUAGAACUGCGGAUUAAAACUUCUGUUACUAACUAAUAAUCCAUUUUUAAUGUCGAGGCAUUGAAAUGAAAUGACAUACAUUGGAAAGGACACAAGGAAGCAUGAGAAUAUCACUGGCUGUACAACUGAUGACUGAAAAGUUCUAACUUUACAGCUUUAUAGGAACUGAACGGACUUGUGGUUUACUUGUUUCUUGUGGUACUCUCAACAUGAACAUGGUUAGCGCACCUGCUGUUUACUUUCAUUACGGAUAUGAGCCUGGUUUUCUUGGUUAAGACAUCGUGAUUGUCUUGUCUUUAGGCACAUUGCAGAUACAGUGAAGUACAGUGUGUUAUCACUGCUGUUGUGAUGUUGACGGACUGUGGACAGGGUAAUUAAGGUUUAUUACUGCUUGGGUUUCUUACAGUUAUGAUCAAGAAAUUUGCUGAGAUCUGGGAACAUUGGUACAGAAAGUUGGAAGGGUAAAGCCAAAAGGGAACACACCUGAAAUGUUGGUGCCAACUGUGCACACAACGACCAAGACCAAGACUUUGGUCAUUGAACUGUCAUAGAUGGUUUACAACGGUCAUGUUUUAUAAAGUUUGGGUAAUAAUGUUACCCUUCACCUUUGUCUUCUCUUCCUAACGCUAACCUGAUAACCUUGUUUACAACCAGAUCUGUUCAUGUGAUUACAAGAAUUCUGCUACCAGCACCGUACCUGGCAGGUCCAUCCAAGAUAUUGGGUUUUAGGCCAUUUUUUUGUGUAUUGGUUUGAGUUCAUGUUUGGUUAUUUUCAAAUAUAUUUUAUUAGAGAUUCCUCUCUCCAACUGUGCCAAUCUUCUGGGUCUGUGAGGGUCAGCUGUUCAAGUAGAUGCCUAGAGGAAAUAGCAGAAAAAACAGUUAUAGCCAAUUAUUAUCAAAGCGAAGGUAAAGCCAACUCGUUCUCAUUUCCAGUUUGUCAAAAACUUUAACGUCACUUUGUCACACACCUUUGGUACGCCCUUUUGUCAUGCCCAUUCGCCACGCCCAUUUGUCAUGCCCUUUUGUGUGUUAUAUUGACACUAAAGGCACCCUUUGGUGUUAUUAUGAAAGGCAUCAGGCUUUCAGCUAACUUCAUUGUCAGCCAAUCGCGACAAUACUUUGUGCUGAGAGUGCUGAUGUAGUUUAAAGAGCAAAAACAAAUAAGCAGAGACAGUCAAACAAAACUGGACUUUCACCCAGGAGACAGCUGUUUGUGUCCCACGAGAAACCAAAGAUCAGUGUUGUUUUAACGUAACAUUUACGUAAUUUACAUUGGUUGUUGCCCACUGAUAUCACUCACAUGACGCUUUUACAUUAUGCAACAAAAGUAUUUUAACCCAAAACAUAAUGAUCUUUUUUGUACACCUUACCAAGUAGGUUUGUUGCCUAAACCUAACAGCCACCGUUUCACAAUAUUUAACACAUGUUACAAUGUGUUUCAGCUGUAUGUCACAUCGAUGCGCCCUGUGCGUCGCUAUGAGACGCCAAGGGGCAUGACAAAGCAUCAGUAUUGGAUGACCUGGAAAUGAGAAUGGGUAUGUAAACCAUAAAUAUAGCUUCAGGGCUCAGGUCAAGUUCCAGUCUCAGAUUUGGAGUGCCAGUCAGCUGUAGUUGGGUUUGGUCUUAAAGACUCAGGUACGAGCCACUUUCAGGUCUCUGUUUUAGGUCUUCUGACUGCUUGUGUGUCUUACCCUGUCAGGCCUCCAUUUUGCCAGAUCUCAGCAGUUAACUUGAAGAGUACAGUCUAUUUAUUAAGGAUAUGAAUGGUGGCCAAAACUAUCAAAAUAAAACCCAGGUUGGACUUAAUUAGAAUUAUCCUUUAAGUUAAUGUUGAUAUUUUAUCGCGCAGGCUUCAGGUUAUUUGAAGAUGUGGCACCUCGAUGAUGAAGCAAUAACUUUUAUCAAAGCUUAGUACUUGGACAACAAAUAGCCUACCUCCCAUUGAGCUAAACCCAAGUGUUCAACAGAAUCAUUGGAUGGAGGAAAGUACUUAUUCAUGGCAGGUCUGGGAAUCAUCUGUGUACAAAGAGCAAGAGAUUGUUUGAAUGAUGAUGUGAAAAUGAACGGUAAGACAGUUUUUACUAACUACAGCUUUUGUGUAAUACUUUAAUAUGCGAUUUAUAUAUUUGAUGUAGCACCUUCUGCCAUAAUUAAGGUUUUGACUCUUGGUGACUACAAAUCACCACCAUGAUUGAAUUUCUCUUCCUGUAUGUGGCCUUCCGUUUGACCCAGCAUAUUCUUUGGCCAGCAUUAGUUUAUUGUAUUAUUUAUGCUGUUUGCAUUUCAAUUAGUAUUUGCUUUCUUGUGUUCAUGGCACACAUUUUUGUCAAAGUCAAAUAUAGUUUAUUCUGAUAUGAUAUUUUUGUGUUUCAAGUGUCUGGGAUUCACCAUACACAUUGCUUUGGCUAGAAGUCUGCAAAGAGGUUGGUGCUUAGCCCUGACAUACUGUAAUUCUCAAAUAGAGCAGCCUUUACAGACCUCAAUGGUAGUCUCAGCAUCUCCUCCAUACUUGGAUUAAUUCAUGAUAAUAUACGAUACUUUCCACAGCAGUAUAUCCAUCAGCUAAACAGUAGAGUCAUGUCUCUUCUUUAAAAAGAAAAGCUUUUAUUCAUUUGCAAUGUUCAGCUCCUUCUGCUUUGUGCUUUUUUUAUUGUGAAGUUACUAUUAAUAAAAGUCAGCAUUUCCUCUUCUGUUAUUUCACAUUUAAAGUCCUCCAGGCUUCCCCUUCCUGGUAGGCUUUCAAAGUUUUGAGUUUUACUGACAGGGGUUAAACUUUGAAUGGUUCCUUGUUUGAUUCGCUCAACAUUAGUCUUGAAAAUUCCCCUACUGUUUGUUGUGACGGUCACGUGACAGUAAGCCAACCUUCAGUUUUAAUCCGGUUACAGUCUCAGAGGUGCAGAAAGUCCUCAAAUUUAGACACUAGACAAUUUGCAGGUCCUGAACUUGAAGCUGAUUUAAUGGACCACUUUUGACACAUCGUUUUGAACUCUCACUGGACAUUCCCCUUAUAUGGGAAUCCACUUUUGUUCUUCCGUUGUUUGCUCGUCUGUCCUGGUUAUGGUUAUGCCGAAAUAGGCAAUCUUGCAAUACACUCUCCACUUGUAGUGACUACAGCAUUAUUAUUUUUUGAUUGUUACCUUUUUUAUUACAAUUUAACUGUUUCAGUUUAAAAUUUCCCAACACAGACUUUCAAUUUUAUGCAGAUGAUACUGUGCCGUAUUGCUCUACAUCUGCACCAAACCAGGCUCCUUGUCAGCUACAACUUGCUUUUAAUACCCGACAGUGUACCCUGUGUGAUUUAAAGAAGCAGUGUGGAGGAUUUAGUGGCAUCUAGCAGUAAAGACUGCAGAUGGCAACCGGCUGAAACUUCUCCCGUUUGCUAACCCUGAACUCCUUUGUUAAUUGUUCAGGAGAUUUUUACCAGGAGCUCAGCACCUGCUAGUAUGGGCUCAUCUUAUUUCUCUGGUAACUUAUGAUCUAGGGGUUCAGGAGGUUUUUAAAUCAUGACUGACCCUAAUCUUUGAGCCAGUGUUUGGUUUGUCUGUUCUGGGCUUCUGUAGAAACAUGGCGGUGCAACACAGACAUGGGCUUCCUCCAUGGGUGAAGACCUGCUCCCCAUGUAGAUAAAAAAAGCUCAUUCUAAGGUAACGAAAACACAACAAUUCUUAUUUUCAGGUGAUUUUAUUCUAAAGAAAACAUACUUAUUAUAUUAGAUUCUUUUUUUGUCAAUGUAUCCUCCUAAAUCCAACACACUGGACCUUAACUCACCAAACAUUUCAGUGAGCCCUGGUGCACGGAAGCAUCUGCAUUUGAUGUGUUUCACCUCUCUUUAAUUCAAGUUUUUCCUUUAGUGUUUCCCUUGUCUGUCCAUGAUGCUGACAGCCUCCUUUAUUCUUGCUGGUUAUUACUUGAGUCAUCGUCUUUAUCUGAAUAUCUUUUUUACAGUACUUGAUUUAAUGCUGGUUUAUUGCUGGUAAACACUAUAAAAUAUAGGGGGUUUAACUUGAGCAAUUAUUCAUCUGCAGGUCUUGAUUACAUCGAUGUGUGCAUCCUGGUUUGAAUUACAUUAUCAACAGAUCAAAUGAAGUUUGCUCAGUUGAUGUGCUUACAUAACCAGGGUGAUAUUCUUUAGUUAUUCUGUAAAUAUGAACUUUUAAAAUGAUGAUAGAUCUUUUGCUUAGACGAGGAAAUACAUUUGCAUAGAGUCAGGAUUUUACCCAGUAAAAUACCUUUUGAUUGUUUGUACAUGAUCAAAUUUGGUCUCUUCAAACCUAAUGUGCCUUUAACAUACAGUCAAUAUACCUUUCAAAUUGUCUUUUAGAAGUUAGCAUUUAGUCACCUGUUAACUCCCACUGAAAUCUCUCUCUGAAGCAAUCUUAUACCCUGAGUUAAAGUACGCAUCUGCUGGUGCUGGAAAUGUUUUCAGUUGGUUGUAACUGUGGACAGAAACUUACUUUACAAAUAAAUUUGAAGAGCAUUGUCUAA